UAUUAUAGUUCAAUUAUUAUUGACACCUGAAACAUGGGCUGGUGUUGUGAGCAAGUAAAGUGUAAUAUCGCGACAGCUCAGUAGUCUACGUUAAUUUUAGUGUACAAAGUUAGUUUCGGUUAACGUUAGCUUAGCCGCUGUUGAGCAGCCUGAACGGAACCUGACCUGUUGUUUAUGUUCAAAGGUCUCCCAUGUAUGUCCUUCAGGCUGAGAGGAGAAGGUCUGGCACUUCCUCUGUGAUGGUGGUGGACAGUUAGUCAGUCCUGUCAGUACUCCCAAUGGAAGCUCCAGUCACAGCUGCCCCUCCUCCCAACUCCUCCACCCUGCCUACCCCGGCCCCCCUGCGUCCGGCCGUGGCCCCCUCGGUCCAACUUAGCUUUACUGUCCUCUACACCACUCUGUACUCUGCACUGUUCCUGGUGGUGUACAUCCAGCUCUGGCUUCUCUACCUCUACAGACACAAACGAUGGAGCUACCAGAGUGUCUUUCUGUACCUCUGCCUGCUCUGGGCUGCCCUCCGCACCACCCUGUUCUCAUUUUACUUCUGUAACGCUUUGGAGGCCAACCACCUACCUGUUGCAAUCUAUUGGCUGCUCUACUGCUUCCCUGUCUGUCUGCAGUUCUUCACGCUCAGCCUCAUUAACCUGUAUUUCACUCAGGUGUUACUCAAAGUGAGAGAGAUUUGUAUCUCAGGAGUGGACAGAGGACUGUGGCCGGCACGGUGCAUGUACGGUGCAUUGAGCGCCAUCUUCCUCUGCGUCAACGUGGUUUGUGCGGCCCUCGGGGACAGAGGCGUCGGCGGUGGGUCACGGGAGUGGACCUGGAAACUGGUCCUGAUACGAGUUCUAGUCAACGACUCACUCUUCAUCCUGGAGGCGGUGUUUCUGGCCACCGUGCUGUUGCUCCUGACCAAACACUCGCGCUCCGCCAGCCCCUACCUGAUCAGCAAGGGGACCACAGUGUGCCGGACAGCAGCACUGGGAGCAGCAGUAAUCUUGCUGUUUGCCAGUCGAGCCUGCUACAACCUGGCAGUCCUCAUCCUGUCUCAGAGCUACCCGGUGGAGUCAUUCAACUUUGACUGGUACAACGUCUCUGACCAGGCUGACUUGCGUAGUGAACUAGGCGACAGGGGCUACCUGGCCUUUGGCAUCAUCCUCUUCAUAUGGGAGCUGCUCCCAACCAGUCUGCUCAUCCUCAUCUUCAGAGUUCGCCGGCCUGCUCAAGAGAGUAGCAGCCUGGCCGUCAACAACAGGGUCCUACCUCGUCCAUAUUUCUUCGAUGACCCUCAAGGCAGCGAAGAUGAUGCACCUGUCCCAUGGCUGGUACGGAUCAGAGACCGCUCCCCUCCUGUUCGCCAGCAAUCCUCCAGACCAGAGCCACCAGCACCACUCGUUCUACUCCACCCCCCAGACCUGACCCUGACCCCUUACCGCCAUCAGGGCCACUGUGUACUCGAUGACAUUCAUCUCAAGGACAAACCACACACAGCUACUGGCCGGGAGUGACCCCCCUGUGUCAGCAGUUAUUUUGCACUGAAAACCUCAGGAAAUCAUCACCAAACAGUGAAUAUGCACCUUGUAGUUUAGUUUUUGAACAGAGAAUAUAUUUAAAUCUCUCUUAGCUCAAAGGGAACAAACUUGGUGGGAAAAGCCCAGACAGAUGUCAGUGAUCUCCUUAUAAAGGUUAAGCUGAGAUUUAGAAACAAUUUGUUAGUUUGUUUUAAAUAAGUCAUAUUGUGGAUAAAACAAGGCAAACUAGCUCUUACAAUUCCUAAAAAUGGCACAUUUAUCUUCGUUAGCAUUCCUUUAUUAAAUUAAUAUACGUACUAAUACUGCCGUGUAGUCCAUAAGCUCACAGCAUUUGAUAACCCUGUGUAACCAUUGAAGAUACUACUUUGCAGUUUUGUGAAAAAGGUAACUUUUCUCAUACACUGUUUCAAGUGUAUAGGGCAUUGACUAAAAUACAAAGAUCACCUAUCUCUUGUGGCAUUUAGUGUACAGUUUUCAUCAAGACUAGUGAUGUCUUGCAGGUGCUGCAGGAUUUAUUUUUCUGUCUGCUAUUGAGUUGAUUUUUUAUUCUUAAUCCCUUCCUGUAUACUAAGUUUAACUUAUUUUAUUCAGUUCCAUCUUUUAAUUGUAGCUCAAAAUGAAGUGUUAUUCUCCUUUUUAUGUCUUUACUGGAAUAAGGCUUACUGUGGUUUUGACUUUACCAUGACUGACAUUUACUAUGUAAAUAACAAAUCAAUAAAAAACUUCAGGUUUGUGA